AUGGCUGUUGCCCUCGCAAACACACCGCGGUCAGUGGUCACCUACACAAGAUCAGUGUUCCAACAGAAGAAGAAUCUAAGAAAGACUUCCCCCUCCAGUCCUCGCAAAAGAAUGAAUCAAGACAAGAAGUUGGACAAGAGCAGUGUUCAAGCAAGAACCCCUGGAGGGUCAUCCGUGAAAUUAGGCAAUCAAGGAAGAACGAGCGAGGAUGACACCAAUGAAAAUCCAUUACAGGUUCUAUCCCAAAAUGAGGCUCUUCUGGUCCCAGGGUUCUUGGACACAGCCCGGGCCAGAGAGAAGGCCAUUGUUCCCAAGGUCAGCAACACACCCCAUGUGUUCACAGAGGAGUCUGAGAUCUCACAGCAGGUUAGUGACACCCCCAAGUUCUCAGAAAGUACCAUCCAUCCUAAACGUGGAGUUAGCCCCAAGCCCUCAGCAAAAACUACCCAACUGAAAGAGGGCGACACCUCGAAGCCCUCAGCCAAAGCUAAUAAUCCAAAACAGAAAAAUGUUUCUCAAACUUCAGGCCACUCCAUGCAGACCAAGCAGAGCAACAUGACCAAAUCCUUGGCAAAAACCACCCAUCCUAAACAGGGGACCACCCUCAAGCCUGAAGCAAGCAGCAGCCAUCACAAGGAGGCCAGCAUGCCCAAGUCGUCAGAGGACAAUAUCCAAUCCAAGGAGGAUAACAUCCCCAAGUCCUCACAGGACACAAUCUUGUCCAAAGAUGGUAAAAUCAACAAGCCCUUAAAUGUCAACAUCUGGCCCAAGGAAAGCGACAUCCCCAAGUCCUCACAGGACAGCAUCCUAUCCAAAGAUGUUAAAAUCCACAAGCCCUUAAAAGACAGCAUCUCACCCAAGGAGAGGAACAUCCCCAAAUCCUCACAGGACACCAUCCUAUCCAAAGAUGUUAAAAUCCACAAGCCCUUAAAAGACAGCAUCUCACCCAAGGAGAGAGACAUCCCCAAGUCCUCACAGGACACCAUCUUGUUCAAGGAGACAGACAUCCCCAAAUCCUCACAGGACACCAUCAUAUCCAAAGAUGUUAAAAUCCACAAGCCCUUAAAAGACAGCAUUUCACCCAAGGAGAGAGACAUCCCCAAAUCCUCACAGGACAAAAUCCUGUUCAAGGAGACAGACAUCCCCAAAUCCUCACAGGACACCAUCCUGUUCAAGGAGAGAAACAUCCCCAAAUCCUCACAGGACACCAUCAUAUCCAAAGAUGUUAAAAUUCACAAGCCCUUAAAAGACAGCAUUUCACCCAAGGAGAGAGACAUCCCCAAAUCCUCACAGGACACCAUCCUGUUCAAGGAGAGAGACAUCCCCAAAUCCUCACAGGACACUAUCCUAUCAAAAGAUGUUAAAAUCCACAAGCCUUUAAAAGGCAGCAUCUCACCCAAAGAGAGAGACAUCCCCAAAUCCUCACAGGACAAAAUCCUGUUCAAAGCCAGUGACAUCCUCAGGUCCUCACAGGACAGCAUCCUGUUGAAGGUGAGUGACAUCCCCAGGUCCUCACAGGACACUAUCCAGUUCAAGGAGGGAGAAAUCACCAAGUCCCCAGAAGACACCAUCACAUCCCAGGAAGACGACAUUAUCAAGUCCUUAGAAGACACAGGGCUACCCGACGAAAGCAACAUCUCAUACUUGGAAACGGAAAUAGAGCUUCCGGAGGAAGACAUGGUGAGAAUGAUCAUUGGCAAGGAGGAGUUUGAGGAGGUGCUUAAAGAGGCCGGGGAGAAGCUGGUGGCAGUGGACUUCUCAGCCUCUUGGUGUGGGCCUUGCAGAGCCAUCAGGCCGUAUUUCCAUUUCCUAUCUUUGAAACAUGAGGAUGUGGUGUUCCUGGAAGUAGAUGCCGAUGACUGCGUAGAACUGGUACAAGACCGUGAUGUCUUCACCCUCCCAACUUUCCAGUUUUACAAAAAAGAAGAAAAGGUGGCUGAAUUUUCUGGCGCCCUCAGGGAAAAACUGGAUGCAAACAUUGAAGAAUUAAAGUAA